AUGUCUAUGAUCAACGGUACUCGAAUCAUGUCACGUCCGCUUCUUAGAUUGCUUUCAUCCACGCAGUCUGUGAAUGUUGGAUUGUGGAAUCGCUGUAGUGUCACCACAGUACCGCCCCCCAAUCGUCCACAUCACCCUAACCCUGGGAAUUUUUCAAAUCGUCCACGCGAAGAGCUUUCAGAAAUAGGCCACAAGGGUGGGAAAAAGGGAGGGAAAGCCACCGGCGUGGGUGGAUUCCAUAAUAUGGAUCCAGAGAAACAGGUGAGAGUGCUGCAACAUCAACUAGCAACAGACCUUGUCCGUGCUAUCGCGUCGAAAGGCGGUCGUGCUAGUGCUCGGAAAAAACCACCAGGGAACGGGGAAACUGAGUUAGAAGCCGAACGGCGUGGCCGAUCGCAUGAGCCUUCGGUGGUUCCACCUGGAUUCGAAGAAUGGAAGACAAUGGCUUGA